ACAGCGUCUCGAAACUCGUAUUUUGGAGUGGAGGUUAAGAUUUACAAAACAAACAAUCUGGUGAUGAACUACUUAUUAUUUUAGUUAUUUUAUGUGUUAUUAUUAGUGUUAUAUUAAUAACUGCGAUGACUAGUAAACCUAAUUCAAAACGUACAAUAUACGUAGGCGGCUUGGCCGAAGAGGUAGACGAGAAAGUUUUGAAUGCUGCAUUCGUUCCUUUCGGAGAUCUCGUAGAUGUUCAAAUACCGCUUGAUUAUGAGACUGAGAAGCACAGGGGGUUCGCGUUUAUUGAGUUUGAGAACGCUGAAGAUGCUGCAGCAGCCAUUGAUAAUAUGAAUGAUUCAGAACUUUUUGGUCGGACGAUAAGAGUGAACAUAGCAGCACCACAGAGGAUCAAAGAAGGUUCCACUCGGCCGGUCUGGUCAGAAGACAGCUGGUUACAGAAACAUGCGGGAGAGACUUUAAAUAUUAACAAAGAGGGCGAGCAAAAUGGUGCAAAAGAGAAAACAGACACAGAAAGUGAGACAACAACAAAACCCACAGAAAAGCGUAAUCCGCAAGUUUAUUUCGACAUCAGUGUGGGCAAACAGGAGAUUGGCCGGAUCAUCAUGAUGCUGAGAGCAGACAUAGUUCCCAAGACUGCGGAAAACUUCAGAGCUCUGUGUACACAUGAGAAGGGGUUCGGUUACCAGGGCAGCUGCUUUCACAGGAUUAUACCAGACUUUAUGUGUCAAGGUGGUGACUUCACAAACCACAACGGGACAGGGGGCAAGUCAAUAUAUGGAAGAAAGUUUGAAGACGAGAACUUUACACUCAAACACACAGGACCUGGUAUUCUCAGUAUGGCCAAUUCGGGACCCAACACAAAUGGAUCACAGUUCUUCUUGUGUACUGCUAAGACGGACUGGCUAGACGGCAAGCACGUGGUGUUCGGCCACGUGAUAUCCGGCCUCGACGUCGUCAAGAAGGUGGAGCGGUACGGCAGCAAGAGCGGGGCGACUUCCGCCAAAGUAGUUAUAAGUAACUGUGGAGAAUUACAAUGAUGAUUGCCUAA